AUGAUCAUCGCUCAGGCAGACCGCGAUGCUGCUGUGUCUAGUCUGCUCCAGAAGAUGUCGGAGAUCUAUGCUUUCAUGACGCAAGACGAAGCAUUGGCCAAAAUUGAAUCGAUGAUAGCGAUAUACGGAAAGAUAGCGCGACAGACGCUGGAGUGUGCCGAUUUCAUCACCCAUUACUCUGAGACAAAGAGCGCCUGGCUAAGACUUGGCAAAAACAUCGUCAGCGAAACAGAUGCCAAGAUUCAGAGCUUCAGCGAGGCUCUCGAUAGUCUCAUGCAGCAGUUCAGAGAUCAAGCAAUUCGUGACGCUGUGGUCACCAUUCACCGUGCCGGGGAGGAUCUGGACCUCAGCAGCAUGAUGUGUGCUGAUGGUGCUGGUUUCAAUACUUCCAAGCGUUGUCUCCCAGGCACUCGGGAGGACAUUCUGUCCGAGAUCAAGUCCUGGAUCUGUAGCACGGAGAAGGACGUGCCGUCCAUCUUCUGGUUGUCCGGCACUGCAGGGAAAGGCAAAUCAGCUAUCGCACAUACAAUAGCCAACUGGUCUAGUGAGCAGGGGGGUCUGGGAGCCUUCUUCUGCUUCGAUCGCACACGAGGAGCAGACUUUCGGCACGAGAAAAUAUUCACCACGAUCGCUCGCGAUUUGGCCAGAUGUGAUCCUACCGUGCGGCGAACGCUGGCGCGUGCGAUUCACGAUCGCAACGAACUCAAGGACACCACAGACAUUGCAAGGCAAUGGCAGGAGCUA